UGCAGAGCAGCAGGAUCUCGCUGUGCUGCUUCACAGAAAACAGAAAGCAAGGCUUUUUAAUUGACUUUCUUUGCCCAGUAAGAGCAGUAACAAAUGUUAAAGCAGAUGGGAAGAACAAGCCAAGCUGUGCUAAUAAUUUUCUAUGUGUUAAUGACUGUUAAAGCUUUUGAAAUGGAGAUUGUACCUGCUGACAGAAUUGUUGCACAGAUUGGAGAAACACUCGUGCUCACAUGCAAUACUACUGGCUGUGCAUCACCAAGUUUUUCCUGGAGAACCCAGAUGGACAACCCCCUUGGAGGAACAGUGAACAGCCAUGGGACUUACUCAACCUUGACUAUGAAUCCAGUUAGCAUUGCGAAUUCUCACGAUUAUCUGUGUACUGUCUUCUGUGGUGAGAAAGGGAAAAAAGAGAAGAGUAUCAAAGUUGAACUUUACUCUUUCCCCAGUGAUCCUAUCAUUGAGAUCAGCCGAUCUGUAGGUGCUGGAGAACCAGUCACUGUCAUCUGUAAAAUUCCUGAUGUGUAUCCUCCUGAUCGCCUGGAAGUACUCCUAAAGAAAGAGGAACAGGUUCUUCUUGAGAAAAAUUUUUAUGACCAUGGCCGCACAAAUACACAGACCAAAACUGUGACAUAUUCUUUUAAUCCCACGGCUGAUGAUAUUGGGAAAGAGAUUGCCUGUGUGGCCGGUUUACCAAUUGCUGAAAUGGACUUUGAACCCAAAGAAAGAGUAACUUCUCAGAAACUGAAUACAAACUUUGGUCCACAAAAUACUGUCAUUACUGCAUCUCCAGGCAACUCGCCCAUGGUGGGAGACUCUCUAAAGCUCACUUGUGUGACUGAGAGCAAUCCACCACCACAAAUAGUUUGGAGAAAACAUCUGGCUGAUGAAAGCAUUCAGCAUCUGGUAGAAAAGAAUGUCCUUUCUAUUCCCCGUGCCCGUUUCGCUGAUUCAGGACUGUACAUCUGUGAAGUCAUUAAUCUGGUGACUAAUGAAACAGAGAAAGCAACUGUGGACAUCGUUAUACAAGGUGCUCCAAGCAUUGCAGAACUCUCCAUUGAGCCUUCUGCAACAGUUCAAGAAGGAGAAGCUGUUUCCAUACAAUGUUCUGCUGAGAGUAACCCUCCUCCCAAUAUCAUUUUAAGGAGAAAAUCUGACAGUGGAGACCUGCGGCCUUACGCUGAGGGGAGAAUUUUCCUUCCUUCUGUGACAUUCCUAGAUGGAGGAAACUACGAAUGUGUAGCAGAAAAUAAGUUUGGGAAAAGUAAACGUGAAAUAGUAUUUAAUGUGGAAUAUGGACCGAAGAAUACAAUGAUCUCUGUUAUCCCUGCUGCUGCUGUUAAAGAAGGAGAAACUGUGAUGAUGAAUUGUACUAGUUCUGGCAAUCCGGCUCCAGUGAUCUCUUGGAAGAAAAAGAACGCCACUGGGGAGUCUGAGAAAAUUUUUCAAGAUGCAAUUUUAACUCUACAGAACAUACAAAGUCAAGAUCUGGGGCUUUAUGAAUGUGAAGCUUAUAACCAAUUUGGCAAAGAAGAAAAAGCUGUGGAAUUACUUCUUCAAGUUCCUCCCCAAAAUGUUACUGUGUCAGUGUAUCCAUCAGAAAAUGUCAAAGAAGGAGAAAAUGUCACUAUUAUAUGUAGCACAUACAGUAACCCACCACCACAGAUGAUCCUGAAAAAAGUCCAUCGGGAGAAUGAGAUUAUUCUGCCAUCAGUGAAUGGAACCUUUAUACUCUACAAUGUCACCAAAAAUGAUACAGGCAGAUAUUUGCUUGAUGUUUUCAACGAGGUUGGAAACAACAUCCAAGUGAUUGAGAUAGCUGUUGAGGGAAGAUUGGAAGAAAGACAUCAAAUCCUACCAGUGAUUAUUGCAUUCUCCUGCGUAACAGCAAUAGCAGUGCCUAUAGUUGCAAUUUUGAUCUACGUGUCAAGACAAGGAAAGAUAAAUGGAUCCUACAAUCUUGUAAAAGCACUCAGACUGAAAGUGUGA